AUGGGAUCAGAAGAUAAUGUCAUUCGAUUUGUGAUUGGCGUAUUUGUGUCUUUAGGUGCUUCCUUCAUGGACGCAUUAGGAUUGAAUAUAUUGAAGCUGGAUCAUGUUAAAGAAGCAAAGCGAGAUAAAGAGCAUCAACGUGGUGAUUGUGGAAGACCGUUAUGGCACAUGGGCCUAUACACUUAUAUUGCUAGUCAACUGAUUGGUAGCACAAUUGCCCUGAUAGUUGCAUCUGUAAUUUGGAUUGUUGUGUUUGGUGGCAUGUACAACGGCGAUGAUCCGGAAGAAUUGAUAUCUCUGGAAAGUCUCAAGGUCCUCUUUGUCCGUCCCAUCUUUAUCAUUUACUUUAGUGUCCUUAAUAUCGCUGCAUUUGGUGGUCUCAUCAUUUCAAUUUGGUCAAAUUGGGCAAUCUCAGAUGAAACUCGGAAAAGAAAGAGUCAAAUAUUUGCUACCAUGAAGCAAAAAAAGAUGAAGCACAUUGUGGGCCUUAUGUUUAGUAUAGAAGGUGGUGUAUUGGCCAGCGAGACCCUGUUGUUGGCGAAGAGCGGAGUCAAGUUAUUCACACUGUCCAUCAAAUCUCAAGUCAAUCAAUUCAAUGAUAACGCAAGUCGACUCAUCUUGUUAGCAUUACUAGUUACAGCGAUAUUACAGGUGUACUGCUUGAACACUGCCCUUAAACUGUAUUCUUCUGUUGUCGUGGUGCCUGUCUUUUACGGGACAUACACCGCUUUGGGUCUUGUCAAUACCAUCAUCUACCUCGAUGAAAUUGGCAAUUAUCCUCCUUGGGCCAUCUUACUGGUAUUUGUAGGUAUCGGUGUACUCAUUUACGGUGUCUAUUUACUUAGUUCAAAGCCUGAUCCAGCAGCACACAUGAACGAGGACGAGGACGAAGAAGCCAGCCAUGUAGACAGCAAUCAUCGACAGCAAGAACUAGAGCACACGAGCAACUGGUUAUCUGCAAAAGAAGAAAAGGGAAUCAUCGAUACUAAUAAAACUGCUGCAGCUAAAUCAUCAAACCCAGGAGAAUCUGCUUCCUCAUCUUCUGUCUACAACCAUGAUUCUGCAGUAGAAGCACUUGCAUCAACUGCAACUACAACCACAACCGCACAAAAACAAGAGUCUACAGGUGCUAUCAUUUAUAGUUCCAGCAGACGUAUUACACAGUUCUUUAGACGCCUUCGAUAUUUUACACACAACACAAAUUCAAAUAGCAUGUAUUUACCGCCGAGAAGAGAAAUGGAUACAUUCAUUAGCUUGAACAGUUCCACGAGUGCAGCUACCACUGCUGCCGCUGUUGACCCUCCUCCUCCUUCUAGCAACCAUCACAUCAUUCCACUUGCCAUUACUACUACCAUCGAAUCUCCUCCUUCCACUCACAUUAAAUCAACAACACCCUCACCCUCACCCUCACCCUAA